AUGCGAUCCCGCACAGGUUGUUUGACGUGUCGCACCCGCAAAUUGAAAUGUGACGAGCAGAAGCCUGUAUGCUCUCAAUGUCUGAAGGGAGGCAGGGAGUGUCGACCAAGCGAGGGGAUCGUGUUUCGGCAUCAGCAGAAUGCGUCGAUGAACGAGGGUAUCGAGGAUUCUUCCUCUGAUGGACGUGGGAGUCUGAAAGGAUUCUACUCGUACAAGAAUACGUUCGAUAAGGACAGUAUUUGGCUGGAUAUUCCGAAGCAUGUUAUAUUCGUGGACAACUCAGAUCCCUACGCGCAGGACCUAGAGGCCGCUCUGACAGAAUCCGAAGCAGCGAUACUUGCAGCGAACUCGCAAAGCGUGGGCUGGGAAGGACCACAACAGUUAUCCUCGGCCGACAGAGGGGAAAUUCAUGGCCUCGAAGCGCUCUCAGCUGUCGCAACGCAUGAUCGCCUUUCAUACCCUGCUUUGGCUGUAGAUCAGAAAUCGGUCUCGACACCGGAUAGCGCCGCAACACACUUUCGCAACAUCCCCGUCACUUUAGCUAGUCACAGCCACAUCCCUCGAACUAUACCCGCACAGAUAUCUCCCCCGAUGUCUAUACCCUCUGAUAAUGGCCACAACAACAACAUCAAUUUCCUUCUCAAUCCAUCGCAAUCUAUAUCACCACCAGUCGAUCCCAGCAUCCAGCAUACUCCAGAGUCGAGGGGGUCUCCCUUGGUAUUGCGAUCCACCGAAAUCAGCCUUGACGGGGCGGUGGAAACCGACUAUGAGAUUACAUUUCUGCUACGACACUUUUCGGAGGUUCCUGGACCCUGGAUGGAUUUGUAUGAUUUGGGGACGUAUUUCGCUUCCCAUGUACCCGUCAAAGCGCUCCGCAACCCGUUACUGAAGUAUGCGGCGUGCGCCCAUGCUGCGAAGCAACUCGGACAUGUCAAAGUGGACAAACCUCCAGUCGGCGGAGUCCGACUCAGCCAAGCUUUUCCCGGUGUGCAGACAGACUCCAAAAAUAUUGAUUGGUGUUGGAAAGGCGCAAAGUACUACGAAAAAGCCAUUCAGAUUUUGAUGAAAGAACUGGAACCAGACGGUGGUAACCGCGAUACUUUCGCACAGGGUCAGACGAAUGAGAUGGGGGAUGACACGGAUCAGCGCGCAAGGAGUUACACUGAAUACCGACUGUCACAUGGGGACCGUUCGGACGAGAUACUUGCCGCAACCGCCAUUUUGUCUGUGUACGAGUUGCUCGAUGCCACCGGCCCAGCCUGGAACCGUCAUCUGAGUGGUGUCAAAUCCCUGCUAGACCUCGCUGAGGUUGGGAUGCGACCUCUUCAACGGCUUGCACCCGGCGACCUCACUUUGCAACCCAAAAGGCCUAGCCUCUCGAAAGCUAGAAAAGCAACAUUCUGGAACUUUGCUCGACAGGAUUACUUAUCUGCCUGUAAGUGCUACCGCCACUGUACAUUCCCGUCGUCUGCUGACCCUGACAGUCAUCAAUGGGACGCGCACAAGAUUAAAUACCGAAGACUUGGCUCUGUGGACAGAGGCUGGCCUUCAGGUCGAUAG